UAACAUCUUCACUUUGCAUAUUACGCUUGCUCUAUCUCGAGUAUAGUUAGAUUUGUUAGUCUGCGUUAUUUGUUUGUUUUUUUGUUUUUUUUUAAAGAAAAUAGUUGCAAUUGAUUUGGAAUAUGAAAUUCCUAUUUGUUCUCCUGGGAAUGUUUGCAAUUGCUUCGACAUGCGUGAGAAUGGAGUUUGAUGCAGCUCCUAGCUUCAAUGUUAUUGACUAUGGUGCCAAGGGCAAUGGUCAAACUGAUGAUUCCCAAGCUUUUCUGAAAGCAUGGAAGGACACAUGUGAUGCAAGUCAUGGCACCUCGACACUUGUCAUACCCAAAGGGAAAACUUUCAUGUUGCAACCUGUGCUGUUUCGUGGUCCUUGCAAGCCCUCAAUCGUUAACAUUAAGCUUAAGGGAACUAUCGUUGCCCCAAACAACACAAAGGCUUGGAAAUUGCCAAAAAGUACAAGGAAGGCAUGGAUUCGUUUUCGACACAUAACUGGUCUAAAUAUCCAUGGAGGGGGACAAAUUGAUGGCCAAGGUGCUCCAUGGUGGAAUCGCUAUGCCGAUAGUGAAAUUAAUAGGCCAACUGCUCUACAUUUUCGAGAAUGCAAUAAUCUAAUCCUUAAAGGAUUGACUCACAUCAAUAGCCCUAAAAAUCAUAUAAGCAUAAAUAAUUGCAAUGGCUCACUCAUCUCCAAACUUCAUAUUAUUGCGCCAGAUGAAAGCCCAAACACUGAUGGGAUUGAUAUCUCAAGAUCAUCCAACAUUGUUGUAAAGAAUUCUAAGAUGGAAACUGGUGAUGAUUGCAUUGCCAUUAAUCAUGGAUCCAACUUCAUUAGCAUAAUUGGUGUUUUUUGUGGACCUGGUCAUGGCAUCAGUAUUGGGAGCUUAGGAAAAAAUGGAGCUCAUCAAACAGUAGAAGAGAUAUAUGUACGAAAUUGCACCUUCAAUAGAACAACAAAUGGAGCUAGAAUCAAAACAUGGAUAGGAGGUCAAGGGUAUGCGAGGAAGAUCACCUUUAAGGAUAUCAUACUUAUGGAAGCUACGAACCCUGUGAUUAUUGACCAACAAUACAACCCAUAUGAUAGUGUACAUGCAGUGAGAGUGAGUGAUGUUAGUUACCACAAUGUGAAGGGAACCUCAAGUUCCAAGCAUGCAAUCAAACUACAUUGCGACAAAACUAUAGGUUGCACCAACAUUGUAUUGAAUGGUAUUAACAUAACUACCAUUACUGGAGAGAAAACGUAUGCAUCCUGCAAAAAUGUAAAAGGGGUAUGCGCUUCAUGUAUUCCACAUGUGCCUUGUCUUUCUCAUGAAUAAUAAAAUUAGACUGCUAUG